AUGAGGCCGUCUGUCGUCUCCAUGGGAAAGCACUUUGGAAAUCUCGGAAAGGUAAUUCUUGCGAACGCUGCGAAAUUUUCAUUUUCCGUUUUCAGAUGUACGGAGAACAUCGCUUUGCGCUGGCGCCCAACGAGCAAAAGGCGUACAAAGGAUUCGUCGAUCAGGCGUUCGUCAAAGUGUUCAAGACGUACGUCUGGGAUCAGUGGUACUACUACAUUCCGCAGGUAUUCCGAGAAAAGAUGUUUCUCCGAAAAACUACAAAAUUGCAGACGAUCGGCGCGUAUCUGCUGUACGAUUGGGCGAUCAAAACGAAUCACAUGGCGAGCCGCAAGAAUCCGGCCGAUUAUGCCAAUGACAAAUGA